CGACGCGAGCGGCAUGGACGAGCGAGCGGCGCUGCUCUCGCGCGCGGUCGCGGACGCGGAGGAGCGGACGCGCGCGGAAACGCGCGGGCGCGCGCGCGCGCGAGGGAAAGAUGGGAAAGUCUCGACGUCGCGAUCGGACGACGACGACGACGCGGUGCUCGAAAGAAGCGCGGGACGGGGUCGACGGACGCGGGCGAUGAUGGUGACGAUCGGACUGGCGUGCGCGGUGGGAUUGGCGGCGCUCGGGGCGCGGACGCGCGGCGGAGACGGCGGACUUUUGGGCGGGCGCGGCGCGAGCGACGGCGCGGCGACGAAACGGGGCGAGCGCGGACGUUCGUCGCGCGCGAAGACUUCGACCGGGGGCGCGCGCGCGAGUGUGGAUUUAACGGCGGAGACGGAGAGCCGGGAGGUUGUGCGCGUCGCGGGCGUGGAGGACUUCACGGCGAGCGAUUCGCGAUUGGCGGGUUACAGCAAGCUCGAGGUCGCGGACGCCAUCAAGCACGCCGUGGAGUUUGUGAAGAAGGAGCAGUUGGAGGAAAAGCGACUUGAAGCGAAAACGUCGUCUGACGUGGGCGGGCUCGGCUCGGAUGAGAUCCCGGAUGAGGAUACCUGGGGCACGCCGAUGCACCUGAUGGCGAGACCGGGCGCGGCGAAGGACAGAGACGCGCUCAAGGUGACGCUGAGCAAGCUGCUGACGACGCACGACGUUGAAUUGGUGUCAAAGAACGUCAAAAUCACCGCCAGUGUAAAUCCGAAGAAAUGGCCUGAUGGCUUAGAUCGCGCGGUGUACGCGCUCAAGUCGGUUUUUGAAAUCCUCGGAGGCGACUACUUGCACCCGGAUUUCUCCCUAUUGAAAGGUUUGGACUGGAUCGAAGCGCCGAACUCGCGUGAUUUAGACGGUAAGAUCGCCGGUGCAUGGGGCGCGCUCUCUAAUCACGUCGGCACACUCUUCGGUCACAUGUACCAGUGGCAGCUCGCCAAGGAUUCGAUGAACAAGGCCACCAUCAUCGUCGACAGCGACGGCCUCGCGCCGACAAAGCUCGGGGUGCCGGUGUCGUCGUUCGGGGCCAUCAUAGACAACGUGCCGGCGGAGUACGAUAUCAUCUUACUCAACACUUAUCCCGAUGUCGAGAACUCGCACACGGUCGCGGAAUUUCCCGAUCACAGAGGGCACGACCUCAAGCUCACAACUUGGAAAUCGCCCGGGCACACCGGCUUGAGCACUUACAUAAUCUCGUCGUCGUUCCCGGAUAGAGUGUUCGCGUACGCCGCACAGAAGGGUGCGGGCUACUUAGACUCUUGGAUUGUCGAUGAUUUGUGCACUCGUAAAGUAUGCGAUGACGAUGGAGAAAUUGUCGGCAUGGGCGCAAUCACGGCGAGCCAGCCUUUGCUGCGAUGCUACCGAGCACACGGGGUCAUUGAAACGCAUCACGACAAGCAGAGCGACCAAGCGACGACUGUGAUCGCUGAGAACGUGGAAGCAAACACGACCACUGUGCUAGCGACUGGUAAGUUGGUUGGCGAUCACAAACACGCGACGAAGGAAGACGACAAACCGGGCAAGGCCAAGGGGGUGUCUGACGACUCGCUCAAGAAAGUCAUGGACGAGACUUUGGACGAAGACUCUGAGCGGCGUGCCAGUCAGAAGAAGUCUUCACACCAUGACAACGACUCCGAUCAUUCGUCGAAGGAGUCUUCGAACAAGGAUUCCGACGCCGACGCGAAAAAAUCAAAGCACGCGCAUGUCCACGAAGCCGCUGCGCUCGAGGCGAGUCUCGGCGUGACGCCCUUUGCUCGCGAGUCUCACGCGACGAAGCCGACCGGGUUAACGAGCGAUUUCAUCUUCGAUUCAAUGCACGAGCUCAACGCUGAGCAUGGAUCUUUGAUUCACAAGAAGUUUUCCUUGUUGCACAAGCAUCAGCACGAGCGCGAGCGCGUUGAGGCGAUGAUAAAGCGUCUUCAUGACCUGAGGGCGUCGGGCAAGGAGGCGACAGCUCAGGACAUCUUGAGCGCGGUACCGACGGAGGAAGAACCGAUCGCGGAACCGAUCGUAGAACCCAUCGCCGUGGUGCCUCAGAGCGUGGUAGAGCCGGCGCGCAAAGAAGAAUUCGAGGCGAAGAAGCCGGCGCCCGAGGCUGACGCAGAAGUCGGCAACUUUCUGACGGGGCUCUGAUCUAGCGUAAACAAAAUU